AUGUCAUCGUUCCUUACACUCCCAGUCGAAAUUAUAGAACUAAUCAUACGGCACCUUCAUGAUGUGUCUUUUCAUGGGAACGAACCUCCAAUCAAUACCGCGGACAGACCAUUUCCAAAUCAUAAGGCAAUCAAAAUUUUAUUGAGUCUAAGAUUAGUUGGGAGAGCUUGGGCUACUGCGAUUCCAACCUUUGUCUACGACUCAUUGAUGUUAAGAUCUCCAUGGAUUGAUCAUUAUCUGCUAUUAAUGUGGAAGAGUUGUAAAAAUCUACAUGGAGGAUUCAGCCUACGACAAAUGUAUUUUCAACAAAUCAUCUGUUUCCCGACUACGCAUCUCGGAGGCUACUAUGGCGCUUUGUCGGAUGAAUGUCGUGAGCAGUUCGAAUACGGACACCAUCGGCGGGAACCAAAUAUUAUGUAUAUGCAUGAUGCCGCCGACAUAAUUUCUUUGUGUGGUUCUAAAUUGACGGACUUGAAAUUAGGGUUCUCUCGAUCAAUUGGGUUCUCAAACAAGUUAAUUGACGCAAUUGGACACAUUAAAAACUUGAAAGUCCUGUUCAUUGAGGGGAAUCAGGUGGAAAACCACGAAGAUGAUUAUUAUUCACUGGUUGCUGUGUUGAGCAGUGUUCCUUCUCUCGAGUCGCUUUCCUUAAAAUUUGCUACCGUAUCAUGUCUGGAUUUAAAACCUGGUUGUCUACCAAACCUUUUGCACUUAUGGGUGACUUGCCACGCUUCCAACAUUGGGGCCCUCAACCGUUUUUGUGCUGAUCAGUGCAAACAACUCAAAUUAUUAGAAUAUUUACCAAUUGACAAUUCCGAUCAAUUGGAUACGAUGAUUCUAACUUUACAAAAUAAUUUACAAGCGUUGUCGAUUGACUGUAUCCCAAGUGACAUACCUCGUGCGGUCCGUUCAACAUCAAUUCCAAAGCUGAAGGUUAUUCGUUCUACAGCAAUCAGCAAUAAAGGUACUCUACCAGUGUGGUUGCCAUGGUCGGUUUUUCAGACAGUUCAGGUGUUCAUUACAGAUUAUGACGAGACUAGCACUUACUGGCAUGCUGUGUUAGGACAAGUAGAUAAAUCAUUCAUGGAGAGAGCUCAAAAUUUGAAACACUUCAUUUUUCUAAGUAGAUAUGGUAACUUGGUGAAGGAUCCGAAGUUAGUGGAGGCUUUUGAGGCUCACGGAAUUGCAUGUCAUUUCCGGUUUGAUACGACUCUUUCAGAACUAUUGUACUUACAAUUAUCGUUUAGUAUAGCCCUGCAUCGAGAGUUUUGUGCGAGUCUUGGGGAAGUAGGAAAAAAAUUGAUAAUGACGUCAGUCUGGCGAUGUCUACGGUAA